AUGAAUCUGCCCAGUGCUCGGCACCGGACGACUCUACUUCUCCUUCUACAGCCCCCAAGUCUCAACAUUUUCCAGACAACCUCUGAGGCAGAGGAUGAGGAAGUGUUUGAGGAGAUUCGCAGGCUUCGGCUAGAAAGAGGACAGCUCCUACAGAAGAUUAAGGUUCUGGAGCAGCAACAGAACAGCACAACCACUGCACUGGAGGAGUUGAGCUCGCUAAGACAGUGCUUGAGAGAGGCAGAGGCAGAACGUGAUUGUCUGGAAGUAGUGCUGAAGGAACUGGGAGGUGUUCGGCUGAGCAGUACAACCUGCAGCAUCAAUUCGACUAUGGAUGAUAUGCUGGACUUCCCUGGAACAAAUAGGCUGUUGUCUAAGCAGUCACAGUGCACAGACGUGGAUGCGCCUCCUGCCCAACCUGAGAGCUCAGCAUGGGAGCAAGUAAACAGUGUGGAGCAGCUCUGCAGGCAGGUGGAGGAGCUGACUGCACAGAAUGCUGAACUGGUUCUCAAAGUGCAGAUGUUGGAGAUGUUCGAAAAGGAUGACACAGACUUUCAAGGCUCUGGCAUCGACUUUGUGCCCGUGACUCUCUACGACUCCUUAAAGAAAGAGUUUGAAAAGCUGCAAGAGCAAUUCUCCAGAGUUAUGAAAAGCUCCAGCAGUGCAGAAGACCAUGGGGCUGGGAACAAUCCUGAAAAGAUGGAGUCCAAUGAGGAGGGUUUAGCUAAAGAAAUUGAGAAGAAGGAGGAGAUUCAGGAAAACCUAGAGCAACAGCUAGCAUGUGCACACACUGAGUUGGAGGAGCUGAAAAUAGAGAUGCAAAUGAGAAUUAGCCAGGCGAGCUCUGAAGAGAAUGGAUGCUCAGACAUUCAGAAGUUGACGAGCCGGGUGCAGGAACUGGAGGCAGAACUGGCAAGCAAAGAGCUGAAAUGGAAGGAGGGACUGAAUGAAAGUGACAAAAUCGAGCAGUUGAAACAAAAGGUGGAAGAGCUGGAGGAAUCACUGAAAGUUAAGGAGAAAGAGGCAGAGGAUAUGAUUGAGGCAGUGGAGAUGUUUAAAAAACGAAUAAAGGAGCUAGAGGCUGCACCGGAGCAGGGCACUGGUACGAGGUGUUUAGCAGAAGAUGACAAAGAAUCACUGAAUAUAUUACAGAUGCGUGUAGUAGAGCUGGAAGCUGAACUAUGUAAGAGUGUUCCUCGUGAGCAGCUAGAGGAGGUGCAGGUCACUCUUGGCCUCCAGCUAGAGCAGUUAGCUCGAGAGCGUUCUGAGAUUGCCCUUCGAUUCAAUCAAGCUAUGCUGGAUCUGGAAAGACUUUGCCCUCCAAAUCACACCGAUAGAGAUGACAGUGAUGACAAUAACAAUGAUGAAGAGCAGUCUGAGACCUACCAGUUAACCAGUGCUUUGGAGUUGCGUGGUGGAAGAAUUUUGACAGCGGUUCAGGAAGAGCCGGAGGUGAAUUACCAGACAGAAGGGGCACAGGAUGACUUGCCUGCUGAGGAAGAGAACCGCAUUCAAGAUACAUCUGAGAUGAAGGAUUCAAUAUCAUUAGUCAAACACCAGGAGGCACUGUCUGCAAUAGCACAACAACUAGCUGAUACGGAGAGUAAACUGCAGGCUGAGAGGGCACUUUGUGAACAUGCCCAUGCUGAACUGGCCAGACUGAAAAGUGAGCUGCAGGAUGCCCAACAUGGCAUGAUCACCAAGGAGGAACAUGAAAAGAUCAGGGCGGAGCUGCAGAAUACCCUACAGGAGAGCCAGAGUGCUUUAGCAGUAGCCCAUGAGUCACUGGAUGUUAAAGAGCUCAAGCUGAAGGAGCUGCAGUCUCAGAAAGCUGUAGAGAUGGAUAUGGUAUCUAAAGAGGACCAUGAAGCCCAGCGGCUCUCACUUCAGGCCGAGAUCAACGCGCUGACUGCCUGCCUGGCUGACCUUACACGCAAGCAUGAGAAAACCUGCACUGAGGUGUUCCAGGUACAAAGGGAAGCGCUCUUCAAUAAGAGUGAGCGUCAGGUGGCCGAGGCACAGCUGCUUGCAGUCCAGCAGCAGCUAGCAGACCUACAGUCCGAGUCCAGCCACAUCCAGCAACUGCACCAAGACAUUCAAGACUCGAAGGGACUUAUCAAGGAGAAAGACCACAAAAUCACAGAGUUGUCUAAGGAUGUGUUCCGAUUGAAGGAGGCUCUAGGAGCUCUGACUCCACCAAUGGGUUUAUCUGCUUCAACUACCUCCUCUGGAAUACCAGGACAACAACUGGCAUUACAGAACAGAGUAUCUGCCCUGACUCAGCAACUCCAGGAUUGGGAACGCAAGCACAAAUCAGUGGUGGCCACGUAUCGUUCUCACCUCUUAGCUGCAGUACAAGGUCGCAUGGACGAAGAGGUGCAGGAUCUUUUGUACCAAAUCCUCAGAAUGACCCAAAAUAACCCAAAUCAUUAAAAACUUUUACAUAUGUUUCCUUAAACUCAC